GAAAAAGAGGCCAAAACAAGCACCGCCGCAUACUUUCAUGUUUGUGUUUCUUCAUUCAGCCGAGAUGAUCCUAUGGAGGAUUUAAAUCUCAUAAACGACGGAGAUUAAAACAGGAAUAAACACUUGAACAGAGAGGAAGCCGUGUGAACCUCUGACUGUCGGACACGGAGAGCUCAAACAAUCCUCAAAGUCUUCAACGUUUAUGAUCAUGUGCAGCUCAGUGUCUCUCACACGGAGUGACGUCACAAUGGAGCCGGCUGGGCAACAACAACCACAUCUUGACCUGGACCACUUGGAACAAAGUCUACCCGUCGUCAUGGCAACGGGGCCUCGAGCUGUUUGGAACUCAGUCGAACACUGGAGCGGCCCGGGCCGGAGGGCCUCCCGCCCACUCACAACCGACUGCCGGUGGGUCGAGCCGCUCGGCGCCUCUGAGUGGACUCCGUCUCACGGGGACACGUCCGCGCCUCCGCGUCCGUCCGCCUGCGCUCCGGUGGAAGGAGGAGUCCACUCCCCUCGGCAGCGCGCCGGCACGGGGGAGGGGUCGGGAGGCAGAGCGAGGAGGAACCCUAAGCCGCCCUCCGGUUCCCCCCGGUUACGCUCUCACACUCUGAGUCCCGUCGGCCGGACACGAGCCUCGCUCUGCUCGGGAACGUGUGCACGGCGCUCCGGGUUCAGGCAGCUGGGCGGAGGGAACAUGGCAUCCCUCAACACGGCGUUCUAUCUGGGAGUCUGUCUGUCGGCCGGGAUCAUCACUUCUGCAGAUGAAAACUUUCCCAAAGUGCAGAACGUGCGCUGGGUGUCGGUCGACUUCACAACCAUCCUCCACUGGACCACCACGACGCCGGACUACAGAUACACUGUGCUGUACACUGGCAACGAGGACUUCUGGUCGGAGAGCUUCCACUGCCAUCAAAUGUCAGAAACCGCCUGUGACCUGAGCGCCGAGGUCACGAUGAACAGCACCUACAACGUCCAGAUCAAAACGGUUCCUUUGGCCGAGGACGACCUGGACUACGACGAUGAGCUGGACAUGUUCCCUCACAGUUAUUCUCCUCCCUUCAACCCCUUCAAAGAAACGAACAUCAGCGCGGUGAACUUCACGGUGCAGGCGGUGGACGAGCGGCGAGUGAACGUCACCAUCACGGAGCCUCUGAGCGGCGUCCACGAGGGCGACAAGCAGCUCAGCCUCAGAGACAUCUUCAAGAGCGAGCUCAAGUACAAGAUCAGCUACUACAAGUUCGGAAGCACGGGAAAGAGAGACAUCAUAUCUGACUCCAGCACGGCAGAGGUGUCCGAGCUGAACGCCGGACAGAGUUACUGCUUCAUGGUGGCCGUGUUGAUCCACACCAGACCCAAGAGCACCCAGCUGGGAGCCUGGAGCGCCCAGAAGUGUUUACCGGGAGACGAGAUGAGUCUUGGAGCGUGGGUCGGCGCCGUCGUGGUCUUGCUCACGUUCGUCGUCGUCGUCGCCAUGGUAACCAUCCUCUGCUGCAAAUGCUGCCGACAGAAGAACCCGUCUCAGUCAUCGACACCUGUUUAGUGUAUGUGCACGUGUGUGGAGGUCGUGAGCGUGUGUGUGUGUGUGUGUGUGUGCGUGUCUGUCUUACAAACAGGGAGCAGUUUCAGGUGGACUCGUUAUGUAAUGAAGACAUUUGAACAUGUAAUGUGUGUCUCUGUAUCUGUUACGUUGUCCGAGUGCAGACUAAACGUAUAACAUUCCCUCACAACUUCCACAUCUUACCUUAUCUUCUUCUUUUCAUGCCAUGUCAUUACAGUUCACUGUUUCUAUUAAAACAUAUUUAUUGUUCUUUUAUACAACUUUCCAUUGGAAUUCUGUCAGGACCAAAAAUAAUGAACCACUCCAAAUACAGUAAAUGAGGCUCUGUAGAGGCACCUAGUGGCGGCACCUAGAAACUACAACAACAUCAGCAAACUCAUCCCCACAAAUACAAAUCCAUCUGUUCUUUGAGCUUCAUUACCAUUAUAUUCUUCUUUGUUUUUUAACACAAGAGUGACUUUUUUUCAUCAAAGAGACGGAAAAGUAAUACAAAUAAUGUUUUUAAAUAAAAAUGUCUUCCAGAUCUUA